GCUGUCUUUCUGAGCUCGAGGUGGGAGGCCAUGUCUGAGUACCUGCAGGCCUGCUUGGGCUGACUCUAGACUUUCUGCCUGCUCCAGGGGGGUGAGAGAGAGAAGAUAAACACCCCUGACCGGCUCUGGAGGAGCAGAAAAGAGGAGGCUUAUAUCCCACCUUUGUUCUCCCUAAGAUGUCUCUCCACGGACCCACUCCCGACUCGCCCCGAUCGGUUUAGUAACUCCACACCGUCUACAUUCCCCAAGAGCCGGGAGAGAGAAUACCCCACAAGGAAGUGGAUAGAGAGAGAGAGAGAGAGAGAGGUGUCACAGCUGUAGACUGCAGCAGCACCAGCAGAGAGAGAAAGAGAGAGAGAAAGCUAAUUAGUAUUACUGAGAUGGUGUCAGAGCUGAGAGACAUGAGAAGUGACUUCUGAAGAGAGUUCUGUUCUCUGAAGGAUAUUGCGGCUGACCUACAGGACAUUUGUUUGUGGGUUUUUUUUCUUCAUUUUUCGAAGGGACUCAAUUUAGUUGGAUGCAGGUUUAGCUUAGCCUUCCGUCAUGAAUCUUCUGGGAAGCUGUAUGAAGAGGGGGCAGACUGGCUGCCACAGAGGUAGUCUGGCUGGGCCCUGUCAGGUUCUGCUCCUGGCCUGCUGUAUCCUGGUAGUCCUGGGGGCCAAGCCAAAGACACCUGGCCACAAACACCUCAACUCCAUCCGCAUAGAUGGGGAUAUCUCUCUUGGUGGCCUCUUCCCGGUACACGCCAGAGGCAACGAUGGUAAAGCCUGUGGGGAGCUGAAGAAGGAGAAGGGGAUCCACAGACUGGAGGCCAUGCUGUUUGCACUGGACCGCAUCAACAACGACCAUGAGCUGCUGCCCAACAUUACUCUGGGUGCCAGGAUCCUGGAUACCUGUUCCCGGGACACCCACGCCCUGGAGCAGUCGCUCACCUUCGUCCAGGCUCUCAUUGAGAAGGACGGGACGGACAUCAAGUGCCUGAGCGGCGGGCCGCCCAUCAUCACCAAGCCUGAGAGGGUGGUGGGUGUCAUCGGGGCCUCUGCCAGCUCUGUGUCAAUCAUGGUUGCCAAUAUCCUGCGGCUCUUCAGGAUCCCCCAGGUGAGCUAUGCCUCCACGGCUCCGGAGCUGAGUGAUAACACGCGCUACGACUUCUUCUCCCGAGUCGUGCCCCCGGACACCUACCAGGCACAGGCCAUGGUGGACAUAGUUAAAGCCAUGCGCUGGAAUUAUGUCUCCACAGUAGCAUCAGAGGGUAACUAUGGAGAAAGCGGUGUGGAUGCCUUCAUACAGAAGUCCCGCGAAGAGGGAGGUGUGUGCAUCUCUCAGUCAGUGAAGAUACCACGAGAACCUAAGCCUGGAGAGUUUGACAAGAUCAUCCGCAGACUGUCAGAGAACCCCAAUGCACGGGUUGUUAUUCUCUUUGCCAAUGAAGAUGACAUUAGGCGGCUUCUUCAAGCAGCUAAGAAGGACAACCAGACAGGACAUUUCAUAUGGGUGGGUUCAGACAGCUGGGGGUCUAAGAUCUCCCCCAUACUCAACCAGGAGGAGAUGGCAGAAGGUGCUGUUACCAUCCUACCUAAACGGCAGUCCAUCCGAGGGUUUGAUCGCUACUUUAUCAGCAGAACAUUGGACAACAACAGAAGGAAUAUUUGGUUUGCAGAGUUCUGGGAAAACAACUUUCAGUGCAAACUCAGUCGACAUGCUCUGAAGAAAGGAUCCGGCAUCAAAAAGUGCACAAACCACGAGCGGAUCAGGAAGGACUCGUCCUAUGAGCAGGAGGGAAAGGUCCAGUUUGUGGUCGAUGCAGUCUACGCCAUGGCGCAUGCCCUGCACAACAUGCACAAGGAGCUCUGUCCAGGCAAAGUGGGCCUCUGCUCCAAAAUGGAAACCAUCAAUGGAACCAUGUUGCUCAAGUUCAUUCGCAAAGUCAACUUUACAGGAAUUGCUGGCACUCCAGUGAUCUUCAAUGUGAACGGAGAUGCCCCUGGUCGCUAUGAGAUUUACCAGUACCAGAUGAAACACAACACCACAGAGUAUAAGAUCAUCGGCCACUGGGCAGACCAGCUCCAUUUAGAUACUAAGGAGAUGUGGUGGCCUGGUGGGACACUCCAGGUACCCCAGUCUAUCUGCAGCCAGCCAUGUUGUCCUGGGGAGAGGAAGAAAACAGUCAAAGGUGUCCCCUGCUGUUGGCACUGUGAGCGCUGUGAUGGCUACCAGUACCAGGCCGACACCUACAGCUGUAAGAUGUGCCGCUUUGACCUGCGGCCCAAUGAGAACCACACGGCCUGUGAAGCCAUCCCCAUCGUCAAGCUGGAGUGGAGUUCCCCUUGGGCUGUCAUCCCUGUACUCAUUGCUGUGCUGGGCAUCAUGGCCACCAUGUUUGUGGUGGGCACCUUCAUCCGCUACAACGACACGCCCAUCGUGAAGGCGUCAGGGCGCGAACUCAGCUAUGUGCUGCUGACGGGCAUCUUCCUGUGCUACGCCACCACCUUCCUCAUGAUCGCUGCCCCUGACAUUGGCAUCUGCUCCCUGCGACGGAUCUUCCUUGGUCUGGGGAUGAGUAUUAGCUAUGCAGCGCUGCUCACCAAGACCAACCGUAUCUAUCGCAUCUUUGAGCAGGGGAAGAUGUCAGUGAGCACCCCAAGGUUCAUCUCCCCGGCCUCCCAGCUGGUCAUCACCUUCAGCCUGAUCUCAGUUCAGCUCCUGGGGGUGUGUAUCUGGUUUGGUGUGGACCCGUCUCAGGCUAUCAUCGACUAUGAGGACCAACGCACGUCCAACCCGGACAUGGCCCGUGGCGUGCUGAAAUGUGACAUCUCAGACCUUUCUCUGAUCUGCCUGCUUGGCUUCAGCAUGCUGCUCAUGGUCACCUGUACGGUGUAUGCCAUCAAGACCCGGGGGGUGCCAGAGACCUUCAACGAGGCCAAGCCCAUCGGCUUCACCAUGUACACCACCUGUAUCGUGUGGCUAGCCUUCAUACCCAUCUUCUUUGGGACCUCGCAGUCAACUGAAAAGAAACACUUUAAGUGA